UUUUUUUUUUUAUUUAUUUAUAUAUUUUUUUUUUACUUUCCUCCCACUACAAUUUAUUUCCAAAAUUAGUAAAUAAAAAAUGGUGGACUGGCUUCAGCCGUGUGCCAUGUCGUUUUUCGACAAUUGUCGGGUAAAAUGAAGUGUAAAAUAAUGAAAAAAUUGACAAACCGGUCAACUAAAAAUUCAAUAAUAACAAAGUGUAAUUAUCCAAGUGUAUCAUUAAUUUAAAAUAACUGGUGUUAAUUUAUCAGUGAAUUUAUUUUUAAAAUUGUUACACUUUUUUUUUUUUACAAUAUUUAUUUAUUUACUUUUUUUUUUUUUUUGAUAUUUAUUUAUUAUUUCGUAAUAAAAAAUAAAAAGUCUUUUUUAAAAAAUCAUCUCCCUUGCUUUGGAGGAUAAUUUUUGCUCCAGAAUUAACGAUAUUAAUUAUAUAUAUUAUUUUAUAUCAAUAAAUAAUUGAAUAAAAAAAAAUUCAUCAAGAUGGUUGUUGGUGAACCAAGUAUACACAAUAUAAUGGGGGGAAUGGAGAGCACAGGGGGUGUUCGUCUUCACAAUCACAAAAGAAAAUUAAAACAACGAUUUGAUAUUAUAAAAAAGUUGGGUCAAGGUACUUAUGGUAAAGUACAAUUAGGAAUAAAUAAAGAAACUGGCCAAGAAGUUGCAAUAAAAACAAUUAAAAAAUGUAAAAUUGAAACAGAAGCUGAUCUCAUUAGGAUAAGAAGAGAAAUUCAAAUAAUGUCAAGUGUACAACAUCCAAAUAUAAUACAUAUUUAUGAAGUAUUUGAAAAUCGUGAAAAAAUGGUACUUGUUAUGGAAUAUGCUGCUGGAGGUGAACUAUAUGAUUAUUUAUCUGAACGUAAAGUACUUAGUGAAGAAGAAGCACGUCGUAUAUUUCGUCAAAUAACAAUUGCUGUAUUUUAUUGUCAUAAACAUAAAAUAUGUCAUCGUGAUCUUAAACUUGAAAAUAUAUUAUUAGAUUUAACUGGUAAUGCAAAAAUAGCUGAUUUUGGUUUAUCAAAUGUAUUUGAUGAACGUCGUUUGUUAAAUACAUUUUGUGGUAGUCCAUUGUAUGCUAGUCCAGAAAUAGUAAAAGGUACACCAUAUCAUGGACCAGAAGUUGAUUGUUGGAGUCUUGGUGUAUUACUUUAUACUUUAGUUUAUGGUGCAAUGCCAUUUGAUGGUUCAAAUUUUAAACGUUUAACACGUCAAAUAUCAGCAUCUGAUUAUUUUGAGCCAAAAAUACCAUCAUCAGCAUCACCAUUAAUAAAAGAUAUGUUACAAAAAUGUCCAACACAACGUGCUGAUAUUGAAAAAAUAUGUUCACAUUGGUGGGUUAAUAAAGGAUAUGAUAUUAAUUGUCUUGAUAUUGCUGAAAAUUUAGCAGCACAAACACCAGUACGUCUUGAUUUAUUACUAUCAUUAGUUCCACAAUCAGCAAGUGCUGAUAAAUUAGUUAUUGAUGAUGAUUCACAAACAAAUCAACAAAUAACACAUGAUAAUAAUAUGUCAAAUGAAUCAACAGCACCAACACGUUGUCAUUCUGUUGGUAGUUUAAUGGAACUUGAUCGUAAUAAUUCUGAAAAAAUACGUGAAAUGAUUAAUGAAGAAGAACCAAAAAAUAUGGAAAUUAAAAGAAAAUUAGAAACAACACCAUCAAUGGAAGAAACACAUGCUACAUCAUCAAAAAAAAAAGAUAAAACAUGUCAAAAUCAACAAAUUGAUAAUAGAGAUUUAAAAAAUUAUGCAACAAAUUCAAGACAUCAUUCAGCACCAAUUACUACAAAUACAAUUAAAGAAGAACAAAUGGAAGUUGAUUUACGUAAUCAUAAUAGUAAUGAAUUAAAUUUAAUUAAAGAAGCAUUGGUAUUACAAUUUAUCAAAGAAGAAGAAGAAAGAAAUAAAGAACAAAAUAAAACAUCUGAACAAGUUAAAGUUAAUGAUGAUAAUAGCAAUGAUAAAAAUGAUGAUAAUAUUAAUAAAAAAACUAAAGAAAUUACUGAUUUACCUGUGGCUACAAGUGUAGCUAAUGAAAAAUUAAUUGAAACAGAAAAUAAAGUAAAAACUUCACCUAAAAAAACAACAAAAACAAAAAAAACAGUAUCACCUAAAAAAUUUCAAGUAUCAGAAGUUAAAGUAGAUUCUAGUCAAGUAGAAAUAAAACAAAAUAAUGAAUUAAUAAAAACUGAUAAUAAUGAAGAAGAAAAAUCGGAUACAAUUGAAAUAAAAAAGUUAGAUGAUAAUACAGAAAAAAUUGAUAAAAAAAAUAAUAUUGGUGUAUUAAAAAAACCACGACAAAGAGCUGUUAGUAUGGAUUCUGAUGAAAUUCCAUUAACAAAACAAACUGAAAGAAGACGUUCAAAAAUAUUUGAAACAGCUGAAAAAUUUAAUCAACUUGGUUCAUCAACAAUAAAUACAGAUAUUGAAAAACCAAAAAAAAUAUUUAUACCAGGUGUUAAUGUUGGUGGUGCUAAACGUGUAUUUGAAAGAAAAGCUAGUUUAGGAUCAAUGCCACCAUCACCACCAAUAAAACAAAGUACAUCUAAAAUAAUAAUUGACGUGCCAAAAGAAAAAACAAUUGAAAAUGAAAAAAUUAAAGAUGAUGAUAAAAAACGUGCAGUUGAUAUUAUAACUGGAGCAUUGGGUAAACCACCAGUAUUAAAAAAACUAAAUGGUUCACCACCAUUGACACCAACAUCAUCAUCAUCACAAUCAACAGAUAGUAAAAAAUUGGGUUUAAAAAUUCAAUUAGCACCAAAUGAUGUUAGAAAUGCAACAGUAUCAGUAACAACACCAACUGAAACAAAAUAUCCUGAUUUUGAUAAUUCAACAAUUAAACCAUUAGCAAUUGGUAGUUCUGUACCAACAACACCUGAAGCUAAUCAACAAAGACCAGUAUCACCAACAAUGUCAUCAAAAAUUGAAAUAACACUUAAAAGUGCAACAUUACCAAGACGUAAAACAAGCAAAGCUGAAAUAACACUUGCUGGUUAUAAAUCAAAUAAUAAUUCAUUUAAAUCAGAAGUUGAAGCUAAAAUAAAUGCUUGUCCAUCAACAAAAUUACGUACACAAAAAUCAGAAGUUGCAUUUCCAGUAAGUGGUAUUAUUCAACAACCAUCAAUAAGAUCAUCAAGUUUAGGACCAGAUAAUCGUCAAAAUAAUAAAAUAAAAGAAAGAAUAAUACCAAUACAAUUUGAAGAAGAUAAUCAAGAAUUAUCAUCAUCAAAUUCAUUUACAAUACCAUCAAAACCACCAAUGCCACAACGUUCAAUAUCACAAAAAUCUGAAUCAUUAUCACGUCAAUCAACUGCUGAUUCAGAUACUGAUAGUUUACUUGGUGGUUCAACAACUGGUGGUGCUCAAGAAAAAAUUAAAAAAAGUCCAAGAGAAUAUAUUAUUCCAAUUUCAGUUGAAGGUGGUGGUUAUGUUACACCAAGAUCUGGUAGUUUAGAACCAGAAAGUAAAAAUAGUACACCAACAAGUGUUAAUCCAUCAAGAAGUAGAUUUGGACGUCCAAGACGUAUUGGAUCAUUAUUAUCUGAUGCAAGUGAAGAUGAAUCACCAUUUUCAACACUUCAUAGAGAUAGUGAUGAUCUUCUUCAUAGACAUAUGCAUAGACUUCGUAGUUCACGACCAAUUAGACAAACUCCAGAACAUGCUGAUAGUCUAUCAUCUGGUGAGGAUGAUGAGGAUGAUGAUGGAUUUGAAUUAUUAACUGCUGAAAAUUUAUUUUCAACACUUUUAUCACGUGUAAGAAGUCUUACACAACGAUUAAAUGUUGAUGAUACAAGAGGAACUGGUUUUCCUAGUAGUCGACUUCUUGGUAGAAUGGGUUCUAACUCAUCAUCACAAGGAUUUUGGGGUGUACAUGAACCACUAUCAAGCUACGAGAGCUCCUUUGAAACGCAGACAAUAACAACGAGAAUACCAGAGUCACCAUUUCGUCGUCCAUUGAGUCGUGAUCCAUCUGAUAGAUUUGGACGUAAAGAUUCAGCAUUGUCAUCAACUUCAGCAACACAAAGUAGUCUUGGUGGACGUAGUGAAAGAAAUCCAUCUCGUGAAAGUAUCUUUGAUGUUGGUAGCAGCAACACUCUACCGCGAGAUGACCAACGUGAUGAGGAUGAUUCAUUAACAACAAAGGAUCAUGGAACAAAUGGAUUAAUUGGAAUAAAAUUAUCACCAUCACGUGAUGAUUUAACACCAUGUCUUGCACGUCGUUUGAGUCGUCAAUUUAUUGAAAAAACACGUCAAUUACUUCCACGUUCACCAUCAAUACCACGUGAACGUUUAUAUCGUUCAUCAACAGAAGAGCCAUCAAGUAUCCUUGAUAAACCAUUAAUAAAAUACUUGGAUAUAAAUCAAAUAACAAUUAAUAAUAAUAGUAGUAGUAAUAGUUUACGUCGUGAUAAUUCAUUACGUACUGAUAAAAUACAAGAAGAAACAGCUAUUAUUGAUGAUAAUAAUACAGCAAAAAUAUAUAAUGAUAGUAUUGAGUCAAAUAAACAAUCAAUGUCAUCAAUUUGUGAUACAAAUUAUUGUGAUGCUACACCAAGUUUGUCAGUGAAAUCAUUUGAUACAUCACCAACUGAAUCAACGUCAAAUAUACAAACAGAUUCAAUGAAUUCAUUAAAAGCAGAUGCUAAAGAUUUUGAAUGUCGUUUACUUGCUGCUGAAAAUUUAAUAAAAGAAACAAAAUUACGUAGCUUAGGUUUGCAAACAAAAUAUGAACAAAAUAAUGAUAAUAAAUGUGAUAAUGAAUUGUUGGGUUCAAUAAAUGAUUUAUCAUCAUUAUCAAAACGUCGUAGUUGUAUACCAAGUUUAAGAUUACGAUCAGAAUCAUUAAAUCGUGAUGUUGAAUGGUCAUCUGGUGAUAGAAGAAAAACACUUGGUUGUACAAAUGAAAAAAAUUUAAUAACAAAUGAUAAUAAAACAUCACCAGAAAGAUCAUUGUUAAGUAAAUUAUUUCGUUCAUCAUCAAGUACAAGAGAAACAGAUAAAAAUGAUAAAUCACCACGUAAAAGAAUAUCACGAUUUUUACGUCCAGAUUUUUUUGAUACACCUCGUGAAGAAAGUCAAUAUGUUAAAGAUAAAGAAGCACAAAAAGCUGCUGAAAAUGAAAGAAGAAAAACAAGAUUUAUGAGACUUAAAAAUGAUAAAAUUAUUGGCAAUAAUAAUAAUGUUAUUGUAAAUACAAAUAUUAAAGAUAAUAAACCAGAAAAAGAAUUAAAAAAUAAAGUCAAUACAAUGACAAGAGAUAAAUUUGAUAAUUUCGAAAACGAAAAAGCAACAAAUAAUAAUUGUGAAAAUAAAACAAUUGAUGAUACAAAGAUAGUACAAAAUUUAGAUAACAAUAAUAUUGAUAAAUUAAUAAAUGAUAUUGAAAUUAUAAAUUCUAAAUGUGAUAAAAAUGAUGAACAAUUUAAAAAACAACAAGAACCAAUAGCAAAUACAGAUAAACUUAAUGAAAAUGAAACUAAAAAAUCUAUUUCAUCAAUGGAAAAUUUAAUUUUAAAUGAUACACCAGUAACAUCAACAACAGCAACAACAAAAUCGAAAGUAUCAUCUGUAUUUGGAUUAUUUAAAAAUGAUUCAAAAACAAUGAUUAAUGGAACAAAACCAUCAACAACAUUAUUGAGUAAAUUUAAAAAAAAUACAUACAAAGGAUCACGUUCAGAUACAAGUGUAAUAACUGGUGAAUCAUCAUCAUCAUCAACAUUAAAUAGUAAAAUACCAACAAAAUCAAAACCAGAAAUGAAAAAUGAUGUUAAAAAUACAAAAAAAAUAAUCAGCGAUACAAAACGUUCACCGGAAAAAAGCGAAAUUAAAAAAACAAUAAUUAAAGAAAAAAUUAAAGAAAAAACACCACCAAUUAGAUCAAGUGUUGAGAGAAAAUUAUCAAUUGAAAAACAACAAAAUAAAUUAGCUAAAAAAAGUCCAGAUAAAAUAAUUAAUACACGUAAAUCAACACCUGAAAAAUCAGAUAAUAAAAAUUCAUUAGAUAAUAAUACAGAAAUUGUUAUUAAAAAAGAUAAAAAUUUAAAUGAAUUACCAGAUAAUUCUGAUAAAAUUACAAUAAAUAAUCAUGAAAAUGAUACAAAAGAAAUAUCUAAAAACCAAAAUUCAAAUACACAAAUAACAUCACAAGAUGACAAUGAAAUUCCUCAUAAUCGAGCAAAUAGAAGUAAUUUAAAAUUAGAUUUAUCAAAAGUACAACAAUAUACAUUUAAUAAUCCACCAGAUAAAAUACAAUCAACAUCAUCAAAUAAUAAUUCAAAAGCAAUGACUCAUCAUGCAAAUAUUAUGGGUAAUAAAAUAGUAAAUGAUAAAGCAUUAAAAAGUGAAGAUUAUCAUCAAGAUAAAAUUUCUACAAAAUCUCUAGAUUUAUCUGAUGAAAUUGAUUCAUCAAAACAUGAGUUGAUAAAUGAUAAUACUGAAUUAAUAAAUAACCAUAAAAAAAAUACACCACCACCAACAACAACAGCAGCAACAACAACACCAACAAUAAAUGAUAAUAAAAAAUUAUCAAUAUUACAAAAUGAUAAUAAAGAAAAACUAAAUAUCAUUAAACACAAAUUAACACCAGAUACAACAGAAGAUAUAUUAUCACCAAUGGAUGACAAUGAAAGUUUUGAUUCAUGGUCAAUAUGUUCAAAUGAUUUAAAUCAUCGUACUGGUAGUGAUAUACAAUCACCAACAUCACCUGGUUAUUCACCGCUAUCACGUAAUGAUCAUCAAGAAUCAAUUAUUGAUAGAAUUAGAAGAAAAAGUUUUUAUUCAAGAUUUAAUGAAAGAAAACGUAAACCAACAACAUUAACAAAUUCAUCAACAUUACCAAGAAAAUAUAGUUUUAAUAAUUUAAAUAAACAUGAUGAUGACGACAAUAAUGAUGAUGGUGGUGGUGUUAAAAGAAAUAAUAAAAAAAUGAAUUCAUAUAGUUUAAAUUCAUCACCAACUGGUAUUAAUAAUGACAGAACAUUGUCAUUGUAUACUGAUGAAUUAUUAUCAUAUCGUAAAUCACCAAUUGAUAAAUAUUCUGAUACAAGUUGUAGUUUAUUAUCACCAACAGAUAAAUAUAGUAAAUUAAAAUCAUCAUAUGAUACAUUAAGACGUUACAGAGUAUCACCAUUACCAGAUACAUCAUCACAUUGUAGUAAAUAUUUAACAAAUUCAACAUUUUCAUAUGAUCCAAGUGAUAAUUAUAAUAAAAAUUCAUCAAGUACUGGUUUAAGUAGAGAUGAAAGUAAUUGUAGUAUUGAUUAUCAUCGAAAUCAUCGUAGUAGUACAUUGCCAAGAAAAUAUAAUGCACAUAAUUCAUUAACACGUAAUAAUUCAAUUAUUGAAAAUAAAAAAACAGCUGAUUAUUAUGAAGAUUUAUUAACACCAAGUAAUAUUGAUUAUUUAACAAUGAAAAAAAAACAAACAACAACAAAAUUAACUGAUGAUUUUACUGGUAAAUAUAAUGGUGAUUCUGAUAUUGUUCAUAAAUGGAAAAAUAAUGUUGAUAAAUAUUCAACUAAUGAUUCACCUGAUGAUAGUGAUAAAAGUCAUGAUGAUGAUAAUUUAAGAUGUGAGACUGCUAGUGAAUCAAAAGAACUUUCAGCUGCUUGUCCUGAUGACAGUGAUGACAUGACCACAAUUGAAUAAAGCUGCUUUUUUUUUCUUGCCAAAUUAUAAUUAUAAUUUAGAUAUCUAGAUUUUCAUUUUUUAAUUAUAAUUAAUUUUAAUGACCAAAGAAAUAAUGUGUGGUUGAAAAUAUUUAAAUCAAAAAUAUUGCAUAACAUUUUAUACUUGAAAAAAAAAAGAGAAUCGAAUUUUUAUUUCGAGAUAAUAGUUUAUAAUUAUUAAUAAUUUUUAAGUUAUAGUCUGUUUUUAUACAUGAUAAUUAAAGUUGAAAAAUAAUCAUGAAAAUUGAAUGAAAAAUAAUUAUAAAAUCAUGAGUUUUUCAACAUUUGACUGUUAUUUUCCAUAAAGUGCCAUUAAUUAUGAGCUUUAAAAGCUUUUUAAUUAUUAUUUUAUGUAUUUUGUUUUUUGUUUAUUAUUUUAUUUUAAUCAAACUAGUCAGGUUUUUUUAAUUUUAAAAAUGGCUCUGAUAGUUUAUGAGAUUGUAAACUUUUUAUUUUGAAGCCAGAUAAAAUAAGAAAGAUGAAAAAAUAAAAUAAAUACUUUUGUGUUUAAAUAUAUAUUGCCUUACUAUUGUAUUUAUAAAUUUACAAGCAAAUUUAAUUUAAUAAUUAUUUCAUUGUUUGUAAAAAUGUAGUGGAACUGUUUUUAUUUUUUUUUUUAAAUUUUGGUUGACAUUGGUUAUUGUCUUCCAUUUGUUAUGUAUGAAUUUUUUUUUAUUUACAUAAUAUACAUAUUUUAAAAAUAAAUAACAGAUUUCACAUAAAAA